AUUGCCCAUUUAAAAAUGGCUCAUGACAUAUUUGUUUUAAGGUUAUUUUAACUAACAUAUGCAAAAAAAAAAAAUAAGGAAAUAAUUCUUAAUAAAAUAAAGAACACAAACAAAUUUAUACAAUGAAUAAUAGAGAUAUUUAUUUAUUACCAAAAAUUAAAUCUGCUUUUAUUGAAGAAAAUUGGAACGAAUUAUUAAAUCUUCUUAAUCCGAAAAUAUUUAGAAUUUCUGAAUCAGAGGAAUUAAUUGCUUUUUCAAUCUUAGCAAAAGUAGCAGAAAUUCUUACAACAGAAAAUUCUGUUAUUCCAAAUAAUAUAAAAAUUGUUUGUUUAAAAUGUUUAGGAAAUUCUUGUGUCAAUAGUUACAUACAUAAAGAAUAUAUUUCAACUGAUAUUGAACGUGGAACGUAUAGUCAUAAAUUAUAUUCUAUUCUAGCAAAUAAUGAAAAUAUUAAAGAGAUGGAAAUGUCUAAUUCUUAUCCAUUCAAUUCUCAUUUUCCUUAUGAAGGUGUCAUAGAUUGGACAUCAAACUUUAUUACAUCGUAUAUAUUGGAUAAUGAUUUGGUAGAUGAAAAAUUAGAAAUUUUAAGAUUAUGUAUUCAAUUCCUAUGUAAUCUAUUUACAUUUGCAUCUAUAAAAAAUAGCGAUCAUCCAGAUCAUAGUAAUAUACCAAAAUAUUUAUAUGAUACUAAUUUAAAGGAUAUAAUAAUAAAUAUAACAAAUUCUGAACAUACGUCGCUUGUUAGAGCUUCAUGUGCAUUUAUACAUAAUGCUUUAAAAAAAUAUGAAGGAAAUACUUUUUUAGAAAGAGAAAAAAGACAUUUGUGUUCACAAUUAUUAAAACCAAUUAAACAAGAUUUUGAAAGUGCAAAAGAAGCUCUUAUGCUUUUAUUAGUUGAAAGAAAUAUAUUAGAAAAUAUAUAUAAUGAUAUGACUAUUGAAAAUAAAUUAUAUUUGUUAGAAAUCAUUUGUAAUGAACUCUCGAACUCAAUAUAUAAAUCUAAGAGCGAAUAUAUAUUUACAAAGGAUACAAUUGAAUUUUUGAUUGGAAGAUUUUGUAAAAAAAGUGAUUUGAUUCUAAAAACAGUUGACACAUAUUUAGAUGAAAUGGAACCUAUAGAAAUUGUUAUUCUUCUUGAUAUUAUUGGAAUCUUGACAUCAAAAUCUUAUGAAGAAUAUAAUUUUCUGAAAAAUUACAAGAAUUUACUUAUUAAUUGUACUUAUUUAUUAAAAUCUAUUCAAAUGAUCGGAAAACAAUCAAAUAAUCAUUUCACACCGCUACAAAAAUUAAGUGAUGUAACUUUAGCAAUGAAAGGAUUAACAAAUAAUAAUUCAGAGGCAUUUUCAAAUAGUGUAGAAUUUAAAGAAAAUAGAAAUAAAUUGAAUUCAACGAAAAAUGAUUUUCAGAACCAUCCCACAUUUGGUUUUAAAGCUGGUUUAAUAAGGAUUAUUGGAAAUAUGUCGUAUAAAGAUAAGGAAUAUCAAGAUCUUCGCCGAUUCAUUUAUCACGUGCACCCGUGUACAAAGACUUUUUGCAUCAUAGAUCAUCUUCUGACACGCGAAACGAGGAAAAACAAAAGGUACAAAAGAACAAGAGAGAAUAUAGAUGAAUAUUACAAACCUUAAGUUUAAAACAACUCUCCCACUGCUUGAUUUUUAUUUAACUCCUUUAUACGUAUAUGUAUAUAGGCUUUCGAGUGAUCGUUAUUAUUUCUUAUUGAUUUCAUCUCUGGCGCGCGAGAGAUAGUGCAUAAAAGAAACGAGAACGAAUCUCGUGUAGCGUACACUGUUCAUCGAACAAAGGAAAAUUAAGUAUCCUGUCCAAGUUGAAGACGCGGCAAUUUAACCAACAUCGAAUACUGUGUUAAUAUAUUAGCAUGAUCAAAUUCAUGGCCAUAUUUCUGUUGAAUCAUUUUAUCGAUGCGCAUGCGUACGACGUAGGAACGUGAAUAUACUUCGAUUUCUUUCUUUUUUUUGUUUUUUGUUUUGUUUGUUUUUUUUUUUUCUUGAAUUUAUUUGUCUUUCUUUUCUAUCUUUUCUCUAUCUGUUUCAUUGGUUAAAUGGUGGAAGGUGUCGAAGGCGAUCAUGUUCUUAAAUUUCGUACUAUAAACAUGUACAUAUUUCGAAUCUUGCUCCUUAAGCAAUUGUAAAAUGUAUAUAUCGUCGUCGCAAUUGCUCGUAAAAUGAUGCGACGCUUUCUCGCGUUAUACUGUUAAUAUAUAACCCAAUGAUAGCUGCGGGCUGUUUCAUUAAAACAUAUAUGGUUCAUAAUGAAAAAUUUGCGUGUAUACGAGCCUGUUUAUGACGGCCAUCGCAAAAGCUUCUUGAGUAGUGGUUAUCACGUUUUAAAAAUUUUUUGCGAAGAUCUUUGUUUGUCAGGUUCAAUUUCCAACGCGCGAUGAUUCGAAAUGUAUGGAUUUAGGACUUGUCAAUAAAAUGUAUCGUCGUU